CUCUAUUUGUUUAUGUGAUCCGCCAAUAAAGUAAAGAAGAAGAAGAAGAAGCAGCUCUAUUUGUCCCUGACAGGCUGCCGUACGCGGAAGUGUUGUUGUAAACCUGCAAAGCCUAAAGGAAAGUGCAGCAGGAUCUGUCACUCACCAGUGGUGCAAAGUUUAGCUGGUUUGAGAUGACAGAUACAUCAGGGUGUGGUUUUGAGGCGGAGCCUCUGAAGGGCGGAGAGGCAGAAGAGGGCGUGUCUAAGGAGAAAAGCUGUGCGGGGAAGCUGGGUUUAUCACACCUGACAGGAUGGCGCACAGCUAUCUUUCUUCUCUCUCUGUUCCUGUGUUUGGCCGUCGUCUUCGCCUUCUCAUUCAUCCUCCCGUGCCCCGUGCGGCCAAAAUACGAAUCCACCUGGAACAGCACGAUAGGCGGCGCAGUCACGUAUGAUUUCCUGGCUGUUGAGGAUGUCAGUAAAGACAAAGUCUUGGAUAUCUUCUUCAUGUAUAAAGGUUCUGAAGCCAGUCGCAACACAUGCAUGAGUGAAUAUUUAUCCCCUCCAUGUCUGGUUUUGAUGGCUGUGGACGGGACUGAUGGGAAGACACUUUGGACACGGCCUUUAGCGCCUGAAUUUCAUUGGGUGGAGUGUGGAGUGAAGGGAACAGGAUGUCUUGUGGCUCAUGCGAACAAUCUGACAGCGAUCAAUAAAUGCAAUGGUUCGAUCAUGUGGCAACAGCCGCUGUCUACUGUGAUGAAUGCAAAUCUCCCUUUGAUCAGCGUUCCGGAUCUUAACGCAGAUGGAGCCGAAGACUUCGCCUUGCUGUCCUACAAUCCUAAAACCGAGCUGCUGUUUUUCUCGGGUAAGUCAGGCGAACAGAUUGGCUCAACGGUGGAUAUCGAUUCAAAUGGAGUAUUUGCUCAUCAGCAGUUUUACACGGCCGGCGAAGCUCCAUACCUGCUCUUACUCACAGACUCUGGGCUGUAUGCGGUGAGCUUGCAACGUUUGGCAGUUCGGGCUAAAGCAGGUUGGGAAUCCAAGCUGAAAAAAGACAAAAGCUGGGAGAAGAAAGCUAACCCCCAAACUGGAUUCAUCCCUCUUUAUCAGUCGGAUUCUCUGAAGGGUGUGCUGGUUCUUCAUGGUAAGCCUGCCUCAUCGCUGCUGAUCCAGGCGGGUUCAAGCGUGUCACUGCUACACACAGACAAUCUGCAGAUCGCAUGGACCACCAAUAGCAGCAAUCUGCUCAGUGUGCCAACAUUUGGCCAAUUUGACAAAGAUGGAAUUGUGGACAUCAUGAUGGAGGAAGAUCUCGGCAAUGAAACCAAAAGAGUGAUGGUUCUCAGUGGUCGCACUGGUGAAGUCCUGUGGGAGAUCAAUAUUUUAUCCCGGACACCAAAUCCUCAUCCGGCAUCUGUGCUCACGCUAAACUCAUUCUCCGUGUUCAUGCUGUGGGGAAACAGUUACAGCGACCAAUCCAUGUAUUCAUCGUUUCUGCUGCAUCCUCUUCAUUCCCACGUUCUCCUUGAAAGAAAAAAUACUGCACAGAACAUCGUCUCCUUUAAAGCAACUCUUUUAGAGCGAGGGCGGCACGCCUGCUACCUCGUCCUUACUGGACCGGAUGGACGCCUGCACACCGAUCCAAGCGGGAUGGAGUCUGUGGUUCUUACUAAACGCAAGAUCAAGGACGACGUAUCGGAGAGUGAAGUUCUGAGCGUAGUACCUGAUGAACCGGUCUCGCAAGACACCGAGGACUCGGUGAAAGAGGGAUUUUACAGACUACGCUUCAGUGAAGCCCUCUAUUGAAACAUAAAGAGAUUUACACUAUUUCAUAUGUACGGUAGUUAAACACUAACAUCCCCCAAAAAAGAAACACUAGUAGCUGCAUGUAGGACCUGCACUAAGUCUCUGUUUCAAUACAGAGUCUUGACAGUUUUACUUGAAAUAUCUGGAAGCAUGUCUCACAUCCUUUAAAGGUUUUGCCCACAAUGCUGUGCAUCUUAGUUGUAUUAUGCUGUGUUACGUCAUGACAAUCAUAAACUACUUUACUGAAACAAAGCAUUUCAGACAUCUUGAUAAAGUCAGGUGGUGCAUUUAAAGUCACAAUUACUAGGGAUUUGUGAAUAUCAUGAUGCAAUGGCACACAUUUCACCCCAAAUCAAGAGGAUAUACCUAACACUAUAGAAAUGAGGUUUGUGUUGUUUUCCUUUGCAGUGUAUUAAUAAUAUUAUUCCCAAAACACUAUUUUGAAUGCUUAACAUUAAUGCUAAAUGUCUGCUUGGGGUUUCAGAUACACACAAAGCAUUCAGCUGUCUACACUUAUAACACGUAAUAUGGUGUCGUGUGUGUGUGUUUAGAUGGAGAUAUGCCGUCUUAUUGAGGGUUUAUUCAUUGUCGAAUGAGUUUAUGUGUGUUUGUAAAUAUCUUUCUGUUGUUGCUGUUGUUUUUUCUUCCUUAUAUAUCCUCAAUUUUUAGGCACUUAAGACUAAAAUCUCAGACUUGUUUUGGAUUGUUAUUAUCACCUUGCUGUACAUUUAGUGCCUUCAAUCAAAGGACCUGAAAAUCACUAGAGAUGCUGUUACAAGUUGGCUAAUAAUGCGCUAUAUCUGUCUGUCUGUCUGUCUGUCUGUCUGUCUGCUGUUUUAUAUACGUAAUGUGGAUUUAGUUUUAAAGUGGGGCUGCUAACAUUUCUUUAAAUCGAUGAUGAACGAUUUUCAGUUUAUAUAUAGCAAAAUCAACGCAAUAUGUCUUCAGCUUACUAUGCAUCAUUAGGUGCCUUCAUAGACAUCAGAAAAGACCUUGAGGAGCAAAGAAAGAUCAGCUAUACCAAACCCAUAUGCCUUUAAAAUCAAAAAAGCCAAAUUUAAAGAAUAACACUGUGCAGUUGAAGAUGUUCAUGAUGAAAAUAAAUUAUAGACCUUUAUGCUUGUAGAUAUAAAUGGAGUGAAAUUAUUACUAUUGAUUGGUUGAUUUAGGUGCACUGGUUUUGUAAACCUGUAGAUCAGGUCUUAAAUUUUGUUAUUUGCAUUUUUUGAGAAUGUUCUACUUGCAUUGUUAAAAUGUGAAAUAAAUGCCAUGUGCUCAA